AUGGCCUUGGUAGCUACAAGUUCAUCGUUUUCUCUUCUCAUCACUAUCAAUCGGGCUCUCGCAGUUUCUGUUAAAAUGUCUGAUCGAGCGAAGAAACUCGUCUUAAAACUCUUCUUCGGGCAAGUUCUAGUUCAAUUACUUCUGCUAGUUGUUAUUGCGUUCACCAUUGAAAAUCAUAAGGAGGAAGGCCGGAACAUCUGUUUGAAGAAGAUCGAGGUGUAUCCCGAAGAAAUGGAUACAAUGAACGGAGUUUUCUUCAUGCUGUCGACUGAUAUAGCGAUGUUUACAUUAAUGUCGGCUCAGUUCUUAGCCAACCAACGAAGACUUACAGUUGGCGUUUUUUCCUUUAUGAUGGCGGAGUUUUUUGGGCUUGCCAUUCCUAUGAUGUGCAUCAACAUUUGCGCUGCUCUCAAUAUAGGAACCGUAGUUGUUUACCAGUUCGGAAUGAUAAGUUUUUGUGUUUAUCCUGCAUUCGGAUCGUAUUUCGUGUUAAUGUCCAACACAGAUUACAGAAAUAGGAUUCACUCUAUCUUCAGGAGAGCUGGGAAGGUGACUACCCUCACUCGUGAUCAGACGACAGUCACUUAG